AUGCGGAAUGAGAUCCUGAGAGCAUCAGUAGUGGUGCAGAAAACAAAAGGGACGCACGCUUGCUAUGGAAUCGUCCAGGUUCCUACCGGACCCUGGUUCUGUCGGAAAUGCGAAUCCCAGGAGAGAGCCGCCCGGGUGAGAUGUGAACUGUGUCCCCACAAAGAUGGAGCCCUGAAACGGACCGACAACGGAGGGUGGGCCCACGUCGUCUGUGCUUUGUACAUCCCAGAGGUGCAGUUUGCCAACGUGCUCACCAUGGAGCCGAUUGUGCUGCAGUACGUCCCCCACGACCGCUUCAACAAGACCUGCUACAUCUGUGAAGAGCAGGGCAGGGAGAGCAAAGCAGCCUCUGGAGCAUGCAUGGCCUGUAACCGCCACGGCUGCCGGCAAGCUUUCCAUGUCACCUGUGCCCAGAUGGCUGGCCUCUUAUGUGAAGAGGAAGUCCUAGAAGUCGACAAUGUCAAAUACUGUGGCUACUGCAAGUACCACUUCAAUAAAAUGAAGACCUCACGUCACUCUGGAGGUAGCUCCUUCAUUGCUGGAAGAAGGAGUCGAUCCACAUCCCCCGCUCAAGAGAAACAUGUAUCCCACCACGAAAGGCCAAAGAAGAGUCGGAAAGACAAGGAAAGACCUAAACAGAAGCACAAAAAACGCCCGGAGUCUCCCACCAGCCUUACCCCAUCCUCAGUGCCCGUCGCUGCAGAGAAGGGCUCCACCAGCCACCAUGAGGGGAGCAAAGAGAGCUCAGAGGUCGUCCGGUCGGAUGUGAAAGGCAAGAAGUCCUCCAGCCAUGGCAGCAGCCACAAGGGGAAAAAGACAGGAAGCGGGAAAAGCUCGGUCGGCUUCAGCUCAGCUUCGUCCAGCGCGACCUUCCAGCCUGCAGGUACCUCCUGCAGCAACCUGCAGUGCUCCCAGGACUUUGUGACGUUCCCCAAGCUUGAGCAGGACGACGAGAAGUACCGGAAGCCUGUCUCUUCCUCAUCUUCUUCCCACUGCUCCCCUCUGUAUGAAGGCCAGAAGGGGGACAUCUUUGAACAGAAGGUGAUCUUCUCAGGCUUUGGGUCCAUCAUGCGCUUCUCCACCUCCACAGUGAGCCAGCAGAGAGGCCGUGAUGCUUCUCCCGUGGACUAUAAGGCCUCGAACCCUGUCAGCGGCCCUUCAGUGGGGAGCAGCGGGACCAGUGGCAGCAGCAGCAGCAGUCACAAGCGCAUGCCGUCCCUCAGCAUGGAGGAGGGAGAGGUGCUGAAAGAAAAGAAGCACAAGGGUAGCAAGAAGAACAAGCACGGGCCUGGCAGGCCAAAAGGGGGCAAAAGCAAAGAGAUUUUGGGUGCCCAGCUGGCUGGGUCCACGUCCACUUCCUCGUCACCCUUCUCCGGGGGCUCUCUUGUUAGCUCCGGCAUCGGCAGCUCUUCACGGUCCUUCAGCCACCCGGGGAAUCUGCCCAGCCUCAGCAUGGAGUCCCCGCUGCUGGGUUCAGGGAUCUACACCAGUAACAAGGACCCUAUUUCCCACGGGGGCGGAGUGCUCCGAGCUGUGUGCAGCACACCCCUCUCUUCCAGCCUCCUGGCACACCAGGGCACCUCGUCCCUCCCGCAGCUCAACCGGUCUCCCUUUGCUAGCACCAUCCCAGCCUCCUCCUCCUCGGUCUCCACCACACAGGUAUUCUCACUGGCAGGUUCAACAUUCAGCCUCCCUUCCUCGCAUAUUUUUGGAAGCCCCCUCACAUCUGGGCUAUCAAUCAACCCACUCUUAAAUCAGUCGGAAAGCAGCCGGGCAGCCCGGAAGGUUGGUGGCUCAGCAUGCUGGAUGCUGAACGCCUGGGAGUGUGCAUGCCUGCAUGUGAAGCAUGAACGAACACGUAUGCUUACUGAUGACCUUUGCAAGCCCGUGGAAGGUGCCUGUCUGUCUCUCCGUGUGCCGCUGGCAGCGUUUUGUCUGUGUGUCCCCGUGGCAGCUUGUGUCUGCUUGAGCGCGACGGGAAGGUCCCCCAUCAGCAGCCUGCCCACCCUCUUCGACCAGACCGUGUCCUGCAGCAGCAGCGGGCAGCUGGAGAAUGUUCCCCAGGCCACCCCGAACAUCGAGCAGCUCCUGGAGAAGCAGGGCAACGGGGAAGCCGGCGUGAACAUUGUAGAAAUGCUCAAAGCCCUGCACUCGCUGCAGAAGGAGAACCAGCGGCUCCAGGAGCAGAUCAUGACGCUGACGGCCAAGAAGGAGCGUUUGCAGCUCCUCAACGUCCAGCUCUCCGUCCCGUUCCCCGUGGUGACCAGCAGCAAUGGCCCAGGCAGCCAGGCCCAGUACAUCCUGCCUCCCAACGUCUGCAACAACGAUUCCCUGAGCAUCAGCAAGAGCCCCCCGUGCAAGAACAGCUUUGGGAUCGAGAACUCGCUGUCCACUUCCUCUGAGGACCCUCAUUCAGGUUGCCCCAGCAGGAGCAGCUCCUCCCUGUCCUUCCACAGCACUCCUCCACCCCUGCCCAUGCUGCAGCAGAGUCCUGCCUCGCUACCCCUGCCCGGGGUGCAGCAGGUGAAUGGCCUGGCCAGGGUGGCAGGCAGGGGGCUGGGGGGAGGCAGCCCCAUCAACGGGAUCCUGGGGAAUCUGAACGGAGCUCAGGCCGCCCAGCCUCCGAGCGCGCUGACGCAGGCGAGCGGGCCGCCGACCCUGCAGCUCUCCACCAGCCUGAGCAGCGUGCCCAGCCUGAGUCCCCUGACAGAGCAGCAGCGGCACGUCUUGCACCAACACGAACAACAGCUCCAGCAGCCCCAGCAGCUCCUGACUUCCCAGCCACUUAAUCCGGAGCAGCAGGCCCUGGUGUUCCAGAUGAUGCAGCAGAUCCAGCAGAAGAGGGAGCUGCAGCGGCUGCAGAGGAAGAGCUCGUCCCAGCUGUCCAUGAGCAGCCUCCUGGCAGCCACCUCCGCGCCCCUGCACUCCAGCACCAGCGCCCUGAUGACCUCGGCCCCUCAGCCGCCCCCCAGCAGCAGCUCCCUCCUGGCCUCCCUCUCCCCCCAGCAGCUCAACCCUAGCAAUGCCCUCAUGGCUCCCCAGGCCACCCCACCGCUCAGCGCUCCAGGGAACAGCCUCCUGGCUUCGGGGACAGGCAUCCCACCCGUCCUUACAGCACAGACUAACCCGUUUCUCAACCUGCAGGCUGAUGGCAACACCCCAAAAGGAACGAGCAUGAAUGAAAAGGGAGUUCCUCUUACCCAGGACAAGGGCUAA